AUGGAGGAUGACGAUCCAGAGGAGAGGAAAUCGCUGAUGGCAGGUUGGAAAGAAAGGGUGAAUGCGUGUACUCGUCCUCAAGGAGGAGGCGAAGAUGGAGGGGCAAGCAAACAGGGGUGGAGGAGACGCGGUCGCGCGGCGGCCCGACGGAGUGGAGGGCGCAGCGUUGUGGUGCGGGAACCAAGGAUUGGAGGAAACAGGGGUGGAGACGCGGGCACACGCCGGCCCGACGAUGUGGAGGGCGCAGCGGUGCGGGGGCGGAGCAGAGGAUUGGAGGCGACGGCGGACGGAGGGGUCAAAAUUUAG